AUGGACCCAACGACGCUGCGUGACCGCUCCCGGCCGGGCCAGGGGCAGGGCCAGGCAGAUGCGGCGGCGCUGCUGGUAGAGGCGCGCGCCGCGUUUGAGGAGCUGCGGCGGGAGCUGGAGACGGCGCGUGCGGCUGGGGGCAAGCGGGGCGGCGCUGUCCACAGCCUCGGCGGCAGCCAGGCGCCGUCACCACAGCAGCAGCAUAAGUCAGAGCAGAUAUUGGAGCAGCAGCAGCUAGAGGAGCAGCAGCAGCUAGAGGAGCAGCAGCAGCAACAACAGCAGCAGCAGGUGCAGCACGCGCAGCAUCACCAGCAGCAGCACCAAAGGGCAGCAACACCUGUGCCCGCCAGCGCACAUACAGUGCCAGCCUUGCACUCUGCGGAGCACGCUGCUGCGCGGACGGGACAGCCAUCGGUCGCGGCCGCCGCAGCAGCAGUCGCAGCGGCCGCCGCGGCCGCCCGCAGCAGCAGCGGUGCGGCUCCUUGGCACAGACCCAAGGCGCGGCACAGGGAUGACCAGCACCGCACCGUCAUCCUGGACGGCACGCCGGGUUGCGUAAUCCCUGGUGACGAUGACGAGGACGACCCAGCCUCGGCGGGCGACCCCGUGCCGCAGGCGGACGCUGGGGGCCCUGUCCUGGGGCUUGCAACGGACGUAGAUAGGGAGCGGGGCCGCUUCUACCGCCGCACGGUCUUCUUCAAGGGCGACUGGAAGCGCUACCGCAGUGUCACACGCUACGCCCGCCACAUGCAGGGCAUCCUGAACAGCCGCAUCGUCCGGGGCCUGCUGCCGCCGCUGUCGUGCGUGCUGCUGAUGUCAACAGCGGUCUGCUCCUACGAGGCUCUGCUCACAAGCGGCUCCCUGCACCGCCUCGCGCCGGGCUUCUCCUGGCCCAACCUGGCCGCAAACACUCAGGGCCGCACCACGCUCUGCGCCGUCAAUCCAUGA